GGACUGAUAGGGGGUGCAGAGAUAGUCAAGCUUGGGAGCGGGAGUGGACGUGGGCCACAGAAACACCAGCCAGAAACUAGGGGUGGGGGGGAGUACUGAGAAGGAACUGGGUCCGGGGGGUUCGUUCUGUGUGGACAUCGGAGUUGUGCACUCAGUGCCAGGGCCCAGGGGUACAAGGGGAGCACAGACAUAGCAGACCUAGCCUUUGGAGCACUGAGCUGCAAAAGCAGCAUUGGUUACGUGGGGCAAGACUGACCCAACGUGAAAAACUGGUUUUAGGCAAGCUGGGGGGAGGGGAAUGGGGGCUCUCCAUAGGAUAAGAACAUCUAUUCUAAGGGCUAGGCGGGAGCUCUGAGGUUCCUAGGUGAGAACGGCCUGCAGAGGCGAGGCUCGGAGCUUAACAGUCCCCCCAACAAGAGAGAGUCGAUGGGAGAAGGGGGCCCGGAACCAUGGAUCUUUUAAUCCUGACAGCACUGAGGAGAGCUGUCCAGAUCCUGCAGAAUGUAGGAGUGGAACCUACGUGUUGGCGGCUGCCCCUGGGGUAGUCUCGGGCUCUGUGCUGAAGGAGCUACCGGGCUGUUCGGAGGCUGGGACCAGAUCAAGCUAAAGUAGGUCAGACAGUAUUGGGAACUUCAGUGAACAUGGGAGCCAGAGAGAUCCCUUGGGGAUAUGAAGAUAGAAAGAUGUAAUCCCAGCUUUCAAGGAGUGUCAAUGGAAAAUAUUGGCGAACAAGUUGUAUGUCUCAUAGUAUAUCACUUGCUGUUUGCGAUGUUUGUCUGGUCUUACUGGAAAACCAUCUUCACAAUGCCGAUGAAUCCUUCAAAAGAAUUCCACCUGUCCUACGCAGAGAAAGAGCUGCUGGAACGAGAGCCUCGAGGGGAGACCCAUCAGGAAAUCCUUAAACGAGCAGCCAAAGAUCUUCCCAUCUACACAAGAACCAUGUCUGGAGCAAUCCGAUAUUGUGACAGAUGCCAGCUCAUAAAGCCCGACCGAUGUCAUCACUGUUCCGUUUGUGAUAAAUGUAUUUUGAAAAUGGACCACCACUGUCCUUGGGUGAACAAUUGUGUCGGAUUCUCAAAUUACAAAUUUUUCCUCCUUUUCUUGGCUUAUUCCCUUCUCUACUGCCUGUUUAUCGCUGCAACUGAUUUACAGUAUUUUAUCAAGUUCUGGACAAAUGGCCUUCCUGAUACCCAAGCCAAGUUUCACAUUAUGUUCUUAUUCUUUGCGGCCGCCAUGUUCUCUGUCAGCUUGUCUUCUCUUUUUGGAUACCACUGUUGGCUGGUUAGCAAGAACAAGUCUACAUUAGAGGCUUUCAGAAGUCCUAUUUUUCGCCACGGAACAGACAAGAAUGGCUUCAGCCUGGGGUUCAGCAAAAACCUGCGCCAGGUGUUUGGGGAUGAAAAAAAGUAUUGGCCAUUGCCUGUGUUCUCCAGCCUUGGAGAUGGGUGCUCCUUCCCCACUUGCCUCGUGAACCAAGAUCUGGAGCAGCAAUCCACUCCAGCCGGACUGACUCCAGCUGUCAAAAACUGGAGCCAAAGAAACAUGUGGAGCCCAAUUCCUAGAAUGGGGGUUUCCACCCUCCCUGUGCUUGCAGCAAUCAGCCUCGAAGGACACCAGUUUCCUUCAAAACCAUUAAGAGAGUCCCAGAGUCACCUUCUUACUGACCCUCAUUCUUGGGCAGAUAGCAGCACAAAUUCUGACAAGGGAAAAGUAGGUAAGAAAGGUAUGAGCAAUCCUGCGCUGACCAUAGAAAAUGAGACCUAGAGACUCUUCAAACAAAGUUUGAGGUCACGGUGCUGUGAUCAUCAGAGGAAACUCUUCAACAAGGAAGGACAUCCCACGAGUGACCUGUUUAUUCCAUUUACUCCUUGGGUAGACCUACUCAGACAGAAGAGCAGAGACGAUUCCUUCUCUGCGCCAUUGCUUGAAACAUAACAGAACUGCAGAAAUUUUUGUAAAAUGUAAAGAAUGUUUCAACUAACACAGAUCCCUGCUGAAUGCUAAGAAGUCAGUGGUAGGUUAUGAUCCAAGGGGGAAGAAAGCUUUUCCUUCCCUCCUUGUGAAUCUUGGAGGACAGAAUUCAUAAUGGAGUGAAUUUUACCACCAGGGGUUCAGAGAGCACAAGUUAUUAUCUACCAAGCUAAUUUGGUCAGUUGAUUUUCAAAUUCAAAACACUUUCAUGCCAGGCCAUCACUUGAAGUCAGAAUCUCUCAAAUCUGUCUUUUAGUAUUUGCCUUAGGGAAGUAAUAUGUCACCCAUGAAGCCUGAGGAUCUGGGCUUCUCCUAUUCUAGCUCAGCCUUUUGUUACCAAGUGUGACCCACUUAUGGGCCUCUGGCUCCUUAUCUGCAAACUGAGUCAUCAUCUAUUCUAGCUGGAGUCUGAAGUCCUUUCAGACUCAUAGUUGUGCUGGGUAGAGGGAACAGACCAGACCCACAGUGGAGUAUCCUCAGAUGGUGAGAAAAAUACUUCCAAUUUCUGAGAGAGCCCGAUAAAGUAGAAUCUCCCUCAUUAGUUAUUUCUAUUCCAUCUUCCAAAGGGCAUGUCUGAAUGGGGAGACCUGAGCUUAUACUGUGGACAAAGACAACUAAUGUCUGGAGCCAUCAUGAUGUGUUCUUUGUCACAUCAGCAUGAGAAUUAAUUUCUCCCAUUUUCAGUCUUCCUAAAAUUGAGAGAAAACAGCACCAUGAUGUCAUAAACUUCAAGAGGCCAGAUGGAAGUCACCAAUUGAACCUGUUUCUUAAUUCCCUCUCACCUGUCUCUCCAGGUGGUACUGAACCCAGAAAAAUGGUUGCACUUCCACCAGACUUUGUCUUGGGCCAAGAAAGGGUAUUGACACCCUCUUCUGUCUUAGCAAAAUGGUGGUGGUGAGGCAAUCAAUGUCUGUCCUCAAGCAUGUUGCAUAAUGGGAUUAUGCAGAAAACCCUAUUUCUGGUCCCAGACUGGGUUCAAAAUAAACUGAAAUGGUAUUUGUAUGAAGUAAUGUGGAAAUGUUCUGCCCCACCGAGAAACCCUUGUGCCUUUGUAUGCACUAACUAUAGCCAGAAUAUUAAUUAGUGUGAUCUAUUUUGAGAGGUAAGCCCACAAAUUUUAUACAAGUGUUAGGAUUUUACAAUGAUAGUUUUUAUUGCACUGACCCCAGAAGUUUAGUGUAGGCAGCCUGUUAAAAGACCUAACGUCCAAUUAACAAGGAAAUGAUGACAUCCUGGAGUUCUCCCCGCAUUUGCUUAGAGCAAGACACAAAGCCCUCCAUAGAAAACCAGGCGAGGCUUGGGGAAAGUGAACUCCACAAAAGGCCCUUCUGGCUUUAUUCCUGCUGAAGGAGAGAGCCUGAUUCUUUAUUCAAGCAGGGUGAGUUGAGAGAAGACAUCAGAAUCUCUCUCUUUUACCAAAGCCCAUUUUGCAGCCUUGCCUCAAGGUCUAGAGGGAGAAUUCUGGGGAGAGAGAUAAGAAUAUUUUCUCUUCCAUGUUCCUUUUGAGAAAUAAUGAUGAUUUUGAUCUGAUGUACCCAGAUCAUCUCUGGGAAACCUUUUCUCAGCAGAUGUUACAUCUUCAUUUUUAUUUUGGUGUAAAAGAGUUUUUGGUUGUUUUUUGUUUUUUUUUUUCCUACAAUGAAUUCCAGUUAUAAUUGAGAUCUCACCCACUUAGCACUUGCUGUCUGUUACAGAGCUGAGUUCUGUAAGGGUCCCACACGGGUGGGUGUGAUGGGUUGGGAAUGCUGUAUUGCAAUGCCCACAAAUGCAUCUGUUUGCUCUGACAAGAUUCAGUCGGGUGGUCACUCAGUGGCAGUUUUUGGAAGAAUAUGGUCCUUGUCAAAGGGGAUGAUUGCUUUCUCCCCACCUGACCCUUUUGCUGUCCUAUUGGGUUUCUCAAGUAUUUUACAUAAUUACUCAAUGCAGUUUAUCAUCAACAGAUACAUUAAUAAAAGGAGACUUUAUCAAGUUGAGACAGUGUGAAAUAUUCAUUCCAAAGGAUGUAAACUUUGGUGCUCUUUUCUCAUUUUUUCCUUUUAAAAGGAAGUGUUCUUGCGCUGGGUCUGGUCAAGUCAUUUCUGUGAUCUUGUGCCAAUCCUUAACCUGGCCAGAUGAGGAGGUCACCUGUAGACCUUCUUCCUUACCUCACCCCUGCCACUUGGUAUGAAACACGCUGACUUGAAGCAGCAGCAGAUGCUUCAGGUCUGGAAAUACCUGCUGUCUCUCAUCCUCUAUUGUUGCUUUUGUUCUUCUGGAUUUUAACAAUCUCUUACUAUAGGCUCUUAACAAUGACACGAGCCAUGGUGGUUUUUCUCUUCAAAAAUAUUAUGCCAGCUUUUUGCUUUGUGUGUAUGUUUUCUGCCUCCCCCAGCAGAAUAUCUGCUCCUUCAGAAAUGCUGCAACCUUGACUAAUGACAGAAGUAGCUGGGAGUGUCCACAGGAAAUGUUGCCUUGUUGUACCAUCAAUAAAGUCUAACCAGACAGGUC